GCCGAUCCUUGGCGGAGGAGGCAGUGCCGCGAGGUGGCCUUCGGGAAAGGCGCCCUCCUUCAGUCGUUCUUCGCUUUCCACUCCGGCUCCGAAGCUCGCAUGGCUUCCCACGAGGAGGACGAUGCGGUCCUGUUCAGACGGGGGGCCGGGCAGAGUGAUGAUUCUGAUAUAUGGGAUGAUACAGCACUCAUAAAAGCAUAUGACAAAGCAGUUGCAUCUUUCAAGAAUGCCUUGAAGAAUGGUGACUGUUCAGAACCUUUGGACAAAACUGAGCAAAAUGCUGGAACAAAAAGAAAAAACAAUAAAAAGAAUAAGAGUAGAAAGAAGAGUAAUGCUACAACACAGAAACAGUGGAGAGUUAAUGAUGCAUGCAGUGCAGUUUGGUCUGAAGAUGGCAAUGUAUACCAAGCAACUAUUGCCUCAAUUAACUGGAAGAAAGGAACUUGUGCAGUAGUUUAUACUGGAUAUGGUAAUAGGGAAGAGCAGAAUUUGUCAGAUCUUUUACCACCAAUAGAUGCUGAGGGAACUAAUGAAGAGAAAAGUGCUGCUGAGAAUGAAAAUGAGACUCAAUAUUCAACAGAUGAAAGUGACUUUUCCUUCCGGUCACCCCAAAGCAAACACACUCAUACAAAAUCAGCGCAGUGGAAUUCCCGCUUUCCUCUUCCACCAUCACCUUCAGUACAAGGCCCAGGAAAGGCUGGAAGAAAAUUCAGUGGGCCUCCACCUUUCUUAUCAGGCUGGUCUCCACCAUUUCCAUCAGGGCCACCGUUAAUACCACCUCCUCCACUUCUUAGUUCAGAUUCUCCUGAUGAUGAUGAAGCUUUAGGAAGUAUGUUAAUAGCUUGGUAUAUGAGUGGCUACCACACUGGCUAUUAUCUGGGUUUAAAGCAGGGCCGAAUGGAAGCUAUCUUGGAAAGACACACCCACUCGAAGUAAGUCUGCAAGACUACUGACUGGAUUACCCUGCAGUUGGCAGAUUGUGGUCAUCCUUAGGUGCAUAUUCUGGACAAACUGAAUAAUCUUCAGGUAAAUUCUGAUCAUUUAAGUACACGUUGAUUCUUAGAGUCAACUUCCAAGAUGAAGACUUAUCUUCACUUCUAGCUCCGCAGCAACAUUAUCCUGAUGUAUUCCAUGUUGUAGUUGUGGACAGCAGCAAUGACCUAAGUAAAAAACUGUAUUCGUGCAUGGACUAUCCAGGAUCCAGGACUAGAACAACUCCUCUGUCACUUAAGGGAAUGGUUGUUUACUAUCAUUCAACUGGUUUGAAAUAUUGGUCAAUAAAAUUAACCUUUUCCAAA